AUGUCAAGUGUGGUUCUCAAUGAGAUCCAUGGCUCCAAGUCAGAAAGCGACAGCACAUCAGAGGAUUCGGAGGGAGAGCGUUCGCCUGGAGGAGGAGAGAAGAAAAAACAGAAAUAUCGUCCACGCGACGACAAUGAAACCAUCAACGAAAUUCAGAGCAACUGGGGUGCUGUUCAAGCGAAAACGCCACCGAAAAAAGGUGGAAAACGAGGACCAGGACAACAAGCCGGUGCAGCCGCUAAUAUACCAGGCUGGCCACCCCCUGCUGGUGGAAGGCCACCACAACCGGGCUGGCCUCCAGGUGGUGGCCAACCAGGUUGGGGCGGUGGUCCGGCUUUUCCUCCAGGCGGUGGUCAACCAGGUUGGCCUCCAGCUGGUGGUCAACCAGGUUGGGGCGGUGGUCAGCCAGUGUUGAUGUCUAGUUAUGAGGAUAUGAGUGUACAGUGA